AUGGCAUCAGCACCAGUGACCGAACCCGCUCAGGGCACUACCGCCACCGUUCAAGAAAUUGAACGCCAGCGCCAAGCCCUCCAAGACAACACGGCCAAGCUGCGGACUCUUCUCCAGGAAUGGCGCCUCUGGGACGUCGAGUAUGAGGCCCUGAAGGAAGAGGUGGAGGAGGCCGGCGGCCGAGCCGACCUGGUCCGCAUCCGCCGGAAUUUUGAAGGCCGUCUCGUCAACGCCAAAGAGGUGGCCGAGAUCUUUACCGGUGGCAGCAAGGCGGACAAGGACGCCAUCAAGCCCGCCGACCAGAUCAUAAACCAGCUGGACAGGCGCCUCGACUACGUCCAGCGCAACAUCGAGUCUCUGGAGAAGCAGAUCGAGAAGGCCGAGGACAGGGCCGCCGCCGCUGCCGAGGCUGCUGCGGAAGGGUCGGGGAAUGGGGGCGCGGGUGGGACUAAUGAGGAUGGCUUGCCGAUUAUGGACAUUGUGGAGGAGCUGGACGACGACGAUAACGUUUUGUCCUUCAGGGUGCAGCGGCCGGGGGAGACGGAGGCCAAGGUCAGCGAGGUGCUGAAAAAGGCCGGCGUGGAGCUGAAGCAGAACGAAGAUGACGAUUCAUCGGAUGAUGAGGGUGAUGCAGCGCCCAAGAAACGCAUUGAGGAAAGCACAGAAAAUCCGCAAUCCCAAAACGUGCAGAAUACUACAACAUCACCAGCCGAUAAACCUGAACCUAUCAUAAAAACCCAAGCAAAGCCCCCUACUCCUACUCAAGAUGUACCGGCAGCAGGCAAGAAGGGGGUCUCGUUCAGCGAGGAUACUAAACCUGCCGCCGAUGACGACAUGGAUGGCGCGACCAAACCUAUGCAAACCAAGACGCAGAAGAAGAUUGAGGAGAUAAUGCGACAAGCCAGGGAGCAGGAGCAACUGGGCACGAACCCGCCGGUGAUUCCAGACGACGAAUCCGACGACGAUGCCCAGCUGCGCCGUGACAUGCUGGCCUACAGCAUGAAUGAGAUCGGGCCCGUGGUCGCCGAACUGGAGCUCGAGGAGGCUUACUCCGACGAUGAAGACGAGGACGGGAUGGAGGACUAUGGGCUUUACGACGACGACGAUGAGGAUGCAUAUGAUGAUGACGACGACUACGAUGACGAUGAGGACGAAGAAGAGGACGAAAGGGGUCGCUCGAAGCGUAGUGCGCUUAGCCCGGCCUAUCGGAAGAGGAUGCUCGAGCUGGAGAAGAAGCUCGGUGUUGGGAGGCAAUCAGUUGGGAAACAGUCCACCGUGGCCGCCAUGGCUGAUGAGCCAGAGGAAGAAGGCGAGAAAAUUGACUACGAUGAACCGCGCCUAGGCCGUAUAGCAAUCCGCUCCAACCCUACAACCACAACUACAACGCCUGCAAUACGACCAAAGCCUGAUUCGCCAACUGCUUCGGCCAUGAAGUCCUCCACCACCACCACCACCACCACUACCACUACUACUGCUACGUCAACUGCAAAGAAAGGUGUCAGAUUUGCCCAGGAGGUCGACAUCGCAGAGGAGCCGGCAGGUGCACCGCUCGCAAGCCCCCACGAGCCUGCAGAGCCAAAGGUGGAGCCGGUCAGCGAUAUUGUCGAACGAGUCCCUGCAGGACCCAAGCAGGCACCGACUCGAUUCCUCGAGACCAUGGAGCCCAAAAUAGCACCUUCGGGUCCCGAGGGCCGGACACUAGCUGAUGCUGUCAUGGAGCGUCAGCCGGUUACCAAGCCGCGGGAGCCCAGCGAGUUUGAUGCGGACUUGCUGCACCAGGAAGCUGCGGUCGAAUAUCAUCGCUUGCGAAACAAGAUGAUACAGAAAGAAGGAGGGUUCACCAAGGAGAAAGAGUCGGCUAUAGAACCCCUGGAUGAGAGUGAGGGUGGGCCCAAGAAGAUGAGCCGAUUCAAGGCGGCGAGGUUGGGUCGAGCAUAG